GCAAACUGAACUGUUGCUGUGGGUUUAUUAUAUCAGCUUUUCUCUUUGACUCUUUGUUAAGGCUGUUAAGAAAACUUGAAAAGAAAGUCGGAAACACAGAGUGAUGGCGGAAGGUGGUAAGGUCAGCGUUGAUGAUGGGAAAUCUACAGACGCUGCAGAGGAACGUCAAGUCAGAUCUGGUGACUUAAAACUGAAUUUAGUUGAUGAUAUUCAGGCAGACGUUCCGGCCGUUUUACCGUCAGAUGGUACAUCGCAAUUUGACGAUGCAACCUUAAAAGCGAUGACGGAGGUGUACUUGAAAGAAGGUGACAACGAGUACAGCAAAGGAGAAACCAACAAUGCAGUACACUUUUACUCGGAGGGACUGCAAGUGAACUGCAAAGAUGUCAAACUAAACGCCAAACUCUAUAGCAACAGAGCAGCGGCUCAGCUCCUUCUGGGAAAUUUUCAAGAAGCUUUGGAUGAUGCUACAUUGUCUGCUCAAUUGGCACCAACUUUCAUUGAAGCAAUAGAAAUCGGGGCCAGUGCAUGUGUACAGCAACACAUGUAUCAAGAAGCUAUAACUUGGUGUCAGAAAGGAUUGGCAAUUAACAAUAACAAUAAGAAGUUACUUGAUUUGUGGACCGAGUGUUAUAAACAACUAACUGGCAUAGAUGAAACGAGAAUUAAUCAGGAAAUUAACACUAACCGUGACAACACCAAAGCGAAAAUCGAGGAUAUACAAAUCAACGAUCAGCUACCUCAAGCAGCUGUCCAAAAGAUCCUCCACUAUGCGAACAUUUUGCAUUUUUCUAUUGAAGUGGGGGACAAAGCUGGAGAGGGGGGGAGUUCCUGCAGUCUCGGCAAUGCUUAUUACAGCCUAGGUGAUUUCAAAAGAGCCAUCCAGUAUUAUGAACGUCAUCUAAAAAUUGCCAAAGAAUUGGGAGCCAAGGCCGAAGAGGGAAAGAGUUACUGCAAUCUCGGCAAUGCUUAUCAUAGCCUAGGAGAUUUCGAAAGAGCCAUCCAGUAUCAUGAACGUCAUCUAAAAAUUGCCAAAGAAGUGGGAGACAAGGCUGGAGAGGGUAAGAGCUACAGCAAUCUUGGCAUUGCUUAUCGUACCCAAGGUAAUUUCGAAAAGGCUAUCCAGCAUCAUGAACGUCAUUUAACAAUUUCCAAAGAAGUGGGAGACAAGGCUGGAGAGGGAAGCAGUUACGGGAAUCUCGGCAGUGCUUAUCAUAGCCAAGGAGAUUUCAAAAGAGCCAUCGAGUAUCAUAAAUGUCAUCUAACAAUUGCCAAAGAAGUGGGAGACAAGGCUGGUGAGGGAAGGAGUUACGGGAAUCUCGGCAAUGCCUAUGAUAGGCUAGGAGACCUCGAAACAGCCAUCCGGUAUCAUGAACGUUCUCUAAAAAUUGCCAAAGAACUGGGAGACAAGGCUGGAGAGGGAAAGAGUUACUGCAAUCUCGGCAAUGCUUAUCGUAGCCUGGGAGAUUUCGAAAGGGCCAUCCAGUAUCAUGAACGUGACCUAAAAAUUGCCAAAGAAGUGGGAGACAAGGCUGGAGAGGGAAGUAGUUACGGGAAUCUUGGCAAUGCUUAUGAUUGCCUAGGAGACUUCGAAAGAGCCAUCCAGUAUCAUGAACGUCAUCUAAAAAUUGUCAAAGAAGUGGGAGACAAGGCUGGAGAGGGAAAGGGUUACUGCAAUCUCGGCAAUGCUUAUCAUAGCCUAGGAGAUUUCAAAAGAGCCACCCAGUAUCAUAAACAUCAUCUAAAAAUUGCCCAAGAAGUGGGAGACAAGGCUGGAGAGGCAAGUAGUUACUGCAAUCUCGGCAAUGCUUAUCAUAGGCUAGAAGAUUUCGAAAAAGCCAUUCAGCAUCAUGAACGUCAUCUAGAAAUUGCCAAAGAAGUGGGAGACAAGGCUGGAGAGGGAAAGGGUUACUGCAAUCUCGGCAAUGCUUAUCAUAGCCAAGGAGAUUUCAAAAGAGCCAUCCAGUAUCAUAAACAUCAUCUAAAAAUUGCCCAAGAAGUGGGAGACAAGGCUGGAGAGGGAAGGAGUUACUGCAAUCUCGGCAAUGCUUAUCAUAGGCUAGAAGAUUUCAAAACAGCCUUACAGUAUCAUGAACGUUCUCUAAAAAUUGCCAAAGAAGUGGGAGACAAGGCUGAAGAGGGAAGGAGUUACUACAAUCUCGGCAAUGCUUAUUGGGGGUUGGGAGAUCUAGAAAGAGCUGUCAGCUUGUCUCGUUGUUGCGUGCUAAUUUUUGAUGCUAUCCGAGCCAAUCUGCGGUUCAGAGAUGAUUGGAAGAUUAGCUACCGUGACAUGCAAAGAAAUGCAUAUACUUGUUUGUGGCGUCUUCAUUUAAAACAAAAUCAAAUUUUGGAUGCGCUUCUAUCUGCUGAACAAGGACGUGCACAGGCUCUUAAUGAUCUGAUUUGUUUUAGGUAUGGGUCGGGAGGAAUACAGCCUCGGCCUCACACUCCAGGGAAUUUUGAUCUUGAGCUCCUUGCAAGCUGUGCUGUUUCAAAUACAGUUUUCAUGGCUGUAGAUGAUAAGGAACGCAAGAUAUUCUACUGGUUUAUUAACAGCUUUCAAGAUAUUCAAUUGAGAAGUACUGAGAUAAGUAAUUAUGGCUCGUUCAAAGAUGUCAAUACCUUAAUUGGAAGCUUAAUGAACACAGCAUCAAGAUCGUUUAAAAGAGGUGUAAUUAAAUGCGAAGAUCGCUCUCUUGAUGAGCCCUGCACUGAAGAAUUGGUGAAGAAAAGGUCAGGUCAUGCUUAUUUCUCUCCUGAAUGCUCACCGAAAGCUGCCUUGAGGAUGUUGUAUGACGUUAUCGUUGAGCCGAUUGGUGAUCUCAUCAAUGGCAAUGAAAUUAUCUUUGUUCCCGAGAGUUCAUUGUGGUCAGUCCCUUUUGCUGCAUUGAUGGAUCACGAGUCAAAUUAUUUGUGUGACUCUUUCCGAGUUCGAACGAUUCCAUCCCUGACUACUUUGAAGCUGAUAAAUGAUUACCCAGACGACUUCCAAUAUAAGAAAAGUGCUUUACUCGUGGGUGAUCCAUGUUUGGAGGGGGUUCUUUUCGAGGGGAGGAAGCUCGAUCCACUGCCAUGUGCGAGAGAAGAAGUUGAGAUAAUCGGGAGAAUCAUUGGCGCCGAUCCUCUUAUUGGUGAAGAAGCCAAAAAAGAUGAAGUGUUGAGGCGACUUCCCUCUUUUGCCUUGGUACACUUUGCUGCACAUGGCCGAAUGGAAACAGGCGAAAUUGCCUUAGCCCCACGAAGUACUUGCUCAUCACAGCCCUUUGUUAAGGCAGAGGAUUGUAUUCUAACAAUGAAAGAUGUGUUGGAUAUUCGGAUACGAGCGAGGCUGGUUGUGUUAAGUUGUUGUCAUAGCGGUCGUGGAGAGAUAAAGGCUGAGGGAGUUGUUGGAAUUGCAAGAGCGUUUUUGGGUGCCGGUGCUCGCUCUGUUCUCGUGUCACUGUGGGCUAUUGAUGACAAGGCUACUCUUGUGUUUAUGAAACAUUUCUAUGAAGAACUGGUUACUGGAAAGCUUGCAAGUGAAGCUCUUAACCAAGCUAUGAAGAGCAUGAAAGAUUCUGAAGAGUUCAGCGAUGUGAAGUACUGGGCACCCUUUGUACUCAUUGGGGAUGACGUCACGCUGGAAUGAAAUUGAAGAUAGGAGCUAUGGAUAUUUUCAAAUGUACGUAAGCAAAUGUUAAUUGAUGAUGUAUUUUGAAUCAGGUCCACAUCAUCGACAGGAACUUCCUCAGUAUUUUCAGUGAUAUAGCUGGCUUUUAAAGGCAAAAUGUCUCAGUUUUUGAACGUCCUGAUUGUCUCGGCAUGUAACAGUAUUGUCUGUCAGUAAAAAAGGAAGAGUUGUUGAGUUAGAUCUCUGAGGCGAAACUUCAGUUUUAGGCUUUUGUAUCAAAAACUUUCCUCUAAUUUCUUAGGAUAUAGUAUGAAAGACACAACAGUGUGUACUUGUGACCGUUGCAAUUAAAUUUUAAAAAAUUAAUUCCCGUUUACUGAUUACGAUUGAAAUAGUAAAAGUAUUUCAAGAGACUCAAGAAGUAAUGGGCACGUCCUCAGUUAAAAAAUUUUGGCGAAUUUUUCUUUUGUUUCUGGAAUGAUGAGAUGGAAGUUUAACUGAAAAGAUUUAUUCACAAACAAUUUAUUUCAAAGGACCAUGUACUUUAUUUGUCGAGCAAAGCAGUUUAUGUCGUUAGUAGGUCGUGUUGCUGAUGUUUUUCAAUUUGAAUCUUACGAAUGUUUCAUUUUCUUUGUAAAAUUUUAUUCAUUUUUAGGUUGCAAUUUCCGUUCUUGGUUAAUCACAGCACUGUGAAUAUAUGACAAUAAAAUAUAUAAGUAUAUAUACUUCAUAUUAACUUCAUUACUGCGAAGGUCACUUUCAUAUUCAUAAUCUUUAUUAGAGUUUUUAGUUUUUGGUGUUUGGUUUUUAGUUUUUAGAAUAGAGUUUUGAUAUCAUGUCAAGAUC